CGGGUGUGAUAUGUGAAGCCGCCAGCAGAGGGCGUGACACCUCCUACCAGAAGAGAAAGUGAAAGUUACGCAGCGACUCCCUGUCAGUCUGUGAGGUGUUGGGCUGAGGAGCCGACAUUUCCACUGACACUUCUCAUACAGCGAAUGAGCGGCGAGAACUCAGGCCAAAAUAAAUCCAAUGGAUGCUCUACUGUCAGAGCUGCAGCUGGUGGAGCACAGGAACUCCAAGCUCACUCUAGAACAUGUGUUGUCUAUCAGAAAGGAGAACGUGGCUGGAUCCUCUUUGCAGCCCUCUCUACCAUGGAGCUUCCUCAUAAAACUUAUCGCAUUUGAUGAAACUGCCCGAAAUACAAUGCUGGGUGACGCUAAAGAAGACAUAUGUGGCUUCAGCACUGAUGAUGAUCGGUACGAGUCAUUUGAUGCGCUGUCCACAAUUGCGUCACGUUCCGUCCACCCUCUAGAUGUUCUGUGCGCUCUCCUGCAUUGUUCAGACAGUUUUCUACAACAGGUGAUUUUUUCCAAAAUGUCCAUGUGCCAAUUUGCUGUCCCUCUACUGCUCCCUGCUGGUGGUGGCGGCCCGGGUACCAUUUUGCUGUGGCCCAUGAGGGACAUUGUGAAGAAAUGGAGGCCACCUUCUUUACAAAGUACUAAAGGAUUUAGAGAGGAAAGCUUGAUGAAUAUUUCUAUGCCUGUCUUCUCCUUUAUGAGAUUAGGCAACUGCAGCUUAUCGAAGUCAAAAAUCAUCAAUAAAGUCCUGAGCCCAACUUCCAAUCAUCAUGAGUUUUUUGUACACCAGGCUAUGGAGAGUGGCUACCGCCCAAGAACCAUCUCAGAAGGUCUGCUGGAAAUGUCCUGGUUCUUUCCUGGAGGGAGCGAAAACGCUAAUAUUUUCCAUGAGCCCACCGCUGUCAUGAAUCUACGGGGAGACCUGUGUUCCAACAAGACACAGCUAAGCUUUCUAACACGGAUCUCUUCUGCUGUUUUUAUUUUUGCCGAAAAAAUACAGGAGAAACAGUGCCACUUGUUAGCAUGUUCUGGACCAGACAGUUCAAACUACUAUUUUAUUGUUUGUCCAACUAAUGGCAAUCGUGACAGCAAAGAAACAAAGGAGUCACUAAAAGUGUUAUCAAAAUUCCUAAACGUGAGGACUAACCAUAUCUUAGUGAAAGACCAAAGAAAGAACGAAGCUGAAAUCGUGAAAGAAAUACAAAAUGUAGUGAAAAAUGUUUCUAAGACUUUUCCUAAACCAAUGACACUGGUGGAAAUUGGGAAUGUAGCUAAUGAACUUGGGAUCCAUUUAGAUGAGAGCUUGGAAGAGUGCCAGAAGGCCAAACGACUUGCUCUGAAAAUCACUAACAAAAUAACAGAUGUGGCACGGUAUAAGAAGGAAACCAUGACCCUGCAGGGGGAGGUCUGGAAAAAAAUAACUAGCAAUGAAAAAGAACUUUGUAGGAUGAGAAAACAAGGAGACGUUCAUGGGGAAAUUUACAGGUCGGAACUGAAAAGAAAAAUCUUGGAGUUGCGUCAGCAGCAGAGUCAGCAGGAACUUCAAGGAGACAUGAAAACAUUUCUGUCUGCACUCACUGAUCUGUGUCACAUGGAGAAAAUGUAUUUUUUGAAGUGGAUGAAGCUGUUUCUGGAUGUUAUUGCUCGAUCAAACUCAGAAGAGUUACAGACUCAGUACAUUAAAUAUUCCACCAAUGUGGUUAUACUAAAACAAAUAGAUCAAAGGAUAUCAGCUAGUUCCCUUGGUAUUGAACAUUUCCUACGUGAAGUAGGGCAGAUGCAUGAGUCAAAUGUUCUUACACUCAAUCAGACACAACCAGAAGGAAAAUUCAGUAACCUCCCAUCAAUUGCUGCUGAUCUUCUCCUGGAUGGGUUCCCAUUGGAGCUGAUUGAUGGAGACGCCUCCAACAUUCCCAUGCAGUGGAUAACUGAUGUCUUGACUGAGCUGGACACCAAGAUGGGAGGACACUGCAGAAUGAGAGUAAUAACUGUGCUAGGAGUACAGAGCACGGGGAAAUCCACCCUUCUGAACACCAUGUUUGGGUUACAGUUCCCUGUGGCCAGUGGGCGAUGCACACGGGGAGCCUUCAUGACUCUUAUUAAUGUGGAGGAGACCUUCCAGGAGGAGCUAGACUGUGACUUCAUUCUGGUGAUUGACACUGAAGGGCUGAAAGCUCCUGAGCUGGCUUCUCUGGAGGACAAUUACGAACAUGACAAUGAGCUGGCCACAGUAGUGGUCGGUUUGAGUGACAUCACCAUAAUUAACAUAUCGAUGGAAAACUCAUCAGAAAUGAAAGAUAUUUUACAGAUUGUGAUCCACGCAUUUCUCCGGAUGAAAACAAUUGGGAAGAAACUAAACUGUCAGUUUGUACAUCAGAAUGUGAGUGAUGUGUCUGCUCAUGUCAUGGGUAUAAGAGACAGAAGUAAACUUCUGGAACAUCUGAAUGAAAUCACAAAAGCUGCUGCAAAAAUGGAAAAAUUGGACGGGGUAGUAUCCUUUAGCGAUGUUAUGGAUUAUGAUCUUAAUGAACACACAUGGUACAUUCCUGGCCUUUGGCAAGGAGUCCCACCCAUGGCUCCCAUAAACACUGGCUACAGUGAAGAAAUUAUUUCCCUGAAGAGAUAUUUGCUUGAGUACAUGAAAAAGAAAUUUGAAAAGCCACAGAAUAUCCCAGAUUUUCUUGAGUGGGUUAAAAGUUUAUGGAAUGCCGUGAAACAUGAAAAAUUUAUCUUCAGCUUUAGAAAUAGUCUGGUAGCUGAUGCCUAUGACCAAGUGUCGGUAAAAUAUUCUCAGCUGGAAUGGACCUUCCGUAAAAAUAUAUACAACUGGAUGAUGGAGACUUUGACCUCAAUCAAGAAUGAGCAUGAAGAAAAACUGACGGUGGAAGCAAUAGCAUUUUCUAUGUCGGAAAUACUCAACAAAGAGGGGAAACAAAUGCAGGACUUGUUGAACACAUAUUUUGAAAGUGAAUUGGAAAAUGCACAUCUGGUAGAAAGAUACAAAGACGAUUUCUUCAAAAGUAUAAAAAGUCUUAAGACUGAGCUUAGUGAAGAAUGGAAAGGAAAGAGUAAUCAAGCCAUUCGUGUACAAAAAAUUAAGCGACAAAUACAAGAUUUGAAGGAUGACUUUACUGUGAAAAUAGAAGAAAAAGUUAAUUCACUUCUUAACUCAUGCAAGAGUAGAACUCAAAAGCUUGAUGACAAAGAAUUGGAAGCAGAAUUUGAAGCCAUGUGGCAGGGCACAAUUAGAGGCUUUCAGGUGAACAUUAUAGCAAGACAAGACAUUGGCCAACAAAUGCUCCAGCAGCUGCGGAAAGAGAUGAGCCACAAGUCGGGGAGUAUAACUCAGAGGUUGCUUGGAAUUAAGCAGAUCUCUCAAUUUGCAGAAGCAUCUUUUCGGGUGCAAGAGGAGCAUAUUGAUCUUCAAUGGUACAAAAAGUGUCAAGACCAAAUCUGGUACAAAGCAGCAGGUGUUAAGGAUUUCUACAAACAAGAAUACAGCUUUAAGACAGAGCAGAUAGCGGAACACCUAAUGGAUAGAAGUUCCCGCUAUGUAGACCAACAGGUCAAGGAGGAAGAGAAUUAUCAUGAUACAUUUUGUCAAGAGUUGCUGAAUAUGGUCAAUGAAAGAAUAAGACAGAAAGAUGUGAAGAAUCUUCACACCACAGACGAGUAUGAGUUUGACCUCAAACUUCUCCUACUAGGUAAAGCAGCCCCAAAGUUUCAGAAAAUGCAUGACCAUUUUGUCCAGAUUCAUGACCCUUACUUGUGUCUAGAAGCCUUAAAAUCUCAGUAUUGCUCUAUUUUCAAAAGUGUAUUCCAGGAGAAGGAUGAAUGCAAGAACAGAGCAAAACUCUUCUGUGAACGGUGCCUCAAGCCAGCAAUAGUGACAUAUCUGAAGAAUCACCUUGGCAAGGAGAUAGUGAACGACAUACUGGGCAGUGAAGACAGCAUGAAAUAUAUGAGUCGUACCUUCUUUCAGUUGCAUGUGCUCUGCAAACUGCUGGAUGACCAUUCAUUUGACCAGUAUAUUCAAUACAUUAACAACUACGAGCGUUUUGUCAAGAACUGUAUUUUGGAGCUCAUUAAGGAGAAAUAUGAAAGAUCCAGUUUUCUUGAAUCUUUACAAUCCAACAUCCUAAUGUCGAUUAUUAAGAAACUUAGAGGAAUCCUUCAGAAUCCACAGAUACUGGAAAACACAAACACGUCAGGAUUCCUAAAAAACUUCUGUGAUAUGUUGCACAAGGAUCUAGUCAUUUCACAAGACGAAGUGAAAGUGAUCAUUUUUCAGAAUUGCUCACCCGUUACUGUCUUUUCUGCCAACAUUGAGUCCUGUCUCUCCGAAACUGGAGAUGAAAUCAUGUCAGAAAUGGGAGCUUUAGACAUAGUGUCUGUUCUCGCACAAGUAACCCUGAAACCAGAAGAUGAAUUGUUUAAGAAGGUGAUUGGAUGCGGGCAGCAGUGCCCAUUCUGUAAAGUGCCCUGCGAGGCUGGGUGUGCCGAGCAUACAGAGCACUUUGCUACAGUUCAUCGCCCUCAAGGUCUCGGCAGAUACAGAUACGUGGACACCAAUGUUCUAUGCUCCUCACUAUGUUCUACAGAUGUUGUCACAGAAGCUUCAUUCAGAAACACAGCUACAGACUGGAAAUUUCACCCAUAUAAGGAUUAUCGCACAUUUUACCCAGACUGGAUGAUUCAGCCGGACACCAGCAUCAGUGCCUCUGAUUACUGGAAAUUCAUUUUCAAAGAGUUUAAUUAUCAAUUUGCAAGAGAAUACAAGGCCAAGCCGGCAAAGUUACCAGAAGAUUGGCACAAAAUCACCAGAGAACAGGCUCGUCAAAGCCUUAGGGAAUCAUUCCACAUGAAAUAGUAUCAGGACUUCAGAAGAUCUAAAUACUGGCUCACUUGUACUUAUCAUCUACAAUUCAUGAGGAGAUCCGAGAGCUAAAUCUUUAAGACAUUUACAUUUAUCUAAUCUUUAAGAUUUUACUCUUCUUUUCCUUGCUCCCCAUAUGGAAUUCGGUUAAGUUUUUUUUGUAUGGUAUUUACUUUCACUCCUGUUAUGUUUGGUUUAUAUACUGUACCUUGCUGAUGCUUUUUAUUUUUGGCUAGAUGGUUGGGGUUUUUAUUUUAAUUGUUAAAGGGCUGAACACCCCUAAUAAAGGCAGGUUAGCAUUGUCCACAUUCCAUAUGCAGAAAGCCAAUGUGGUGGCUUUGCAAGAUACUCACUUUUCCUCUUUGGGUCUGUGCAGUGUUCCGUGAUCAUAGAUACCCACUGAGUUACUUUGCUAAUGGCCUGCUCAAGUACAAUGGGGUUGCUAUCAUCCUAUCCUCUUUCGGCCUGAAGCAUCCUUUGUUUUACACUCUUAAGUGGGAAGAUAAAAGUGGGCAAUACCUUAUAUUAACUGGUCUCCUGGAGGAAAACUAGGUCACUUUUGUUGUCUCUGUUUAUUCUUCCAACUGUAGCCAAGUUUACAUUUUUGGUUUGUUUAACAGUGCAGAAGAUUAGGAGGGGUACCUUAUUGUUCUUGAAGAUCUCAGUUUAAUUCUAGAUCCCAAAUUAGAUAGCUCUUGAAAACUCCUUACACUUUUCGGCCACAGAUGGUACCCUCCCUGGCUUUCUAUAACCUACAAGCAGAAUUUAAUUUAUAUGACAUACAGUAUUGAGGUUGCAAAAUCUGAUAGGAUUAUACCUACUUUACUUCAGUUCAUCAUUCCUAUUACUGCAUUAAUUGAAUUUUGUUUUGGAACAUACUAAAUCAGUAUCAAUCUUACCAAUUACAUGGUCUUGCCAUGUAAUCAAUAAUUGUUGACGCUAAGCAGUCUUUAGACAAUAGCCAUUAAUUAUAUUUUGACACUAAUUCUCUGACUGACAAUUCUAUUAUUAACUUCUGAUUUGCCCUCAAAGUGGUGGCUAGAGGUUUGGCCAUUGAAACGGGUGCUUGAAUCAAACAGCAAGUUGCCCAAUCUCAGAUAGAGUUGGAAGCUCGGCUUUGAGAGAUAGAAAACCAAAAUAAAUGUCACCCCUGCUACAUAAGGAAUUGUCCUCUAUUAGAAGUCAUUUACAAUAGCUCCUGAUAACAUGUACCCAAGUUGCUCUUAACUGACUGCACCAGAAGUUUUAUUCGAUUGGCACUAGAGCUGGGAAACUGUUGGCUCAUAAAUUGAGGGCCCAGAAUUGGAUCCAGUAUGUUAUUUCCCCCACGGAAGUUAAGAUAGCCAAUCCAACUGCUAUUGCCAUUCAAUUUGCCAAUCACUAUGCACAACUUUAUAAUUUUGCCCCUGACCCGUCUACUCUUCAACUCUCGGCUUCUCCUAUCCAGGACUUCUUGGAGGGUCUUAACUUACCCUCUUUGUCCACAGACCACCUGAGUGUCUUGAGUAACUGGCUCUUUAUAGUGCCCCUGCUGCAGGUGUAUUUAGUAAUGAGUUUCUGUUUAAUGCAUGCCCUAUCACUAGUGACACCCGCUUUCCCCUCUCAUUUUUGUUUUGCCCAUCAAACUCCUUAUUAUGGGGGGGUUCCCUGGUGUAAAGGCUGGUAAUACAAUUCACAGAGGGUCUCUCCCUUUUAUUACAGAGCCCUUAACUUCGUUGACCUGUCUUCAGAAUUUGUUAGAUGGCUAUAGCCUCCUACUACAAAUUGAAUACUUCUAAGGGGUCUAUUUACUAAGCCUUGCGUGGAGAUAAAGUCGAUGGAGAUAAAGUACCAGCCAAUCAGCUCCUAACUAACAUUUUUUAAAUGUAGCCUGUGAGAUGGCAGUUAGGAGCUGAUUGGUUGGUACUUUAUCUGCAUCCAAGGCUUAGAAGAUAGACCACUUAAUCUGAUGCCUUUGUCUAUUAAUCUCCCGGAGACUAGCGUGUCUACACUCCGCUCUAGUUUUAUACACAUUUGGCAGACCACUUCUCUUUUAUAGUUAGGUAAUCAAAUUCCUCCAAAUCUGUCCUCUGUAUUUGAUGUUAAUCUCCCACCACUUAUUGAGAAAUGAUUAUCUCUAAAUCCUGGUGUUCAUCGGAUAUUUCCUGUCUGGACCGUUUAGCGGCAUUUAAGAUGUCCCUACUUCCCAAGCUUGUGCAUAUGUUUUGCGCAAUUCCACUUACUUUCCCCAGGAAAUACUUAGACAGGUGUCAGACCAUUUUAACUAAAUAUGUAUGGGUGAAUCAAUACCCAAAAAUUGCAUAUUCUUUCUAAAAAUCAGGGAUGUUUGGCAUGACAGACCUUGGUAGAUAACAGGAGGCUUGUCUUCUUGUUUAACUUUGAGACUGGACAUUCCUACCAGCAGCCAAGCGUUGAGUGGCCCUGGAGGUGACAGCCUGCAUGGGGUGACCACUGAUGGAUCUCCUGUGGAUGUCUAGGUGCUUGUAUCCUUCCAGGUCCUUGACUUUCUCUUCCAUGAGAUCCUCAGUGCAGGCCUGGGGUAGGUUCCUUUUUUUAGCUUACAGAUGUCUCUUUCUCUACUGCUAGCAUCUCCAUUUUUUUGCUCCUUCAAAAUUAUUCCCUUAUUUGCAUUGAUCAAUUUGGCAAUCUGGUGGCAUUAAGUCCCUAGGGGAUAUUUUAGAUGGUGGCUUCUUGCUCUCAUUCUCCUGUUUGCAGGAUCGUUAUUCCUAACCCUCCCAGGACUUAAAGUAUCAUCAAAUUGCCCAUUGGUUUAAGAGUGCUGCUCUUUCUCCAGGGACAAUGUGUAUGCCCCCCAAGACUUGUACUCUUGUUUCAUUUCAGUCAAUGCAAAAGAGAUAUAUCAUAGUGUUAUCUUUUCUUCUGACAGUUAUGCCCUUGUGUUAAAUCAACCUCUCAGACCCACCAUAGACAAGACCUGAGUCACUCUAUGGAGUUAAUAUAUGCAAUGUGUUAUGUUUGUUUGUGCAAUGUCCUAUUGUGUGAAAUGCAUGUAAUAUUGUUAUGUAGGCUUUGCCUUACUCCUGACUGCUUACAUAGUAUGUGGCCAACACAGUCUAAAUUUUGCAGGAGUAAUUGUAGGACGUCAUCAUGUUUCCCAUGUUUUUUUGGACUCGUCCCCUGCUCUUUUAGGAUGAGUUUCUUUUCUCUUAUAAAGUGCUGGAACUACCCGUACCUGCUCUGCCUAAAUACUCCACAAGUGCAAUCUCACCAGGGGUAUUUUAUAGGUCAUUGUUUUUAUAGUAUCACAGGUCACUAUAGCUCAGUGCUGGAAACAGCCUCUUCAGUUCAGUUUUACUUUAUGAUGGAGACAGCCUGCGUGCCAUAUUCAUCUUCAGCUCCUCCCCUAUCCUGACGUGGUUUGCUUGGCGUGACUAUGUCGCACACAUACGUCAAUUUAGUUUGAAUAAAAGUGAUUGCCCUUGGCUGUACAUGCUUGUUUUUGUAAACAUAUGAUGGAUAUCGCCUUAAAGAUUAUCUUUCCAUUUGUAUUGUGUAUAUUGGAUUUCCCAGUAUGCUCCCCUUACCCUACCCCCUCCCCUUUUCUUUUCUGUAUUCCUUAUAUUGUUACUUUUCUCAAUAAAAACUGUUUAUGAUAAAAA